AGACGAGCAGCCAAGUGCCAAGUCGAGUUAAGCCUGAAGACUUGGACCCAAUUCGAUCAGGUGCAAGCGACAGAAAAAAAACUAACAGCCAAAGGAAACAUAGACAAACAGAGAGGCCACGUACUUGUUCGUGGGAGUACAGUAGGAGCAGCUUAUGGGGGAAUUUUAAAUAUAUAUUGUAGGAGGUAGUUUUUAGUUGUAAUAUUCUUAAAAGAAAAGGUCUAUACACUCUUGGGUUGAGUUAAAGCACCUUUAGCCUUAGGGUUAAGACAGUUUUAACUUGAGCUACAAUACAUCUGAGAGGUUUUCUCAAAAACCAGGAUCAGGGUAAUAUAUUUAAGGGUCCUGAAGUGGAGCCAAGCUUAUACUCCUUGGAAUGAUCCAUGGUUAACAGUGCAAUAAAGAUGAAACUCUUUUUUUAAGAAGCACCGUUCCUAUUCAGUUAUAAAUACCUUUAUAUAUGACUCCUUCACCCGCCUUCAAUGACCCGACCUUUCACUGUACUGAGGAUGAGUGGAGGAACCCUGAGGAGAUGUCAUUGGAUUGGACGUGGACGUAAGCGAAAGGUGUAGACGCAGACAGAGACGGAGACAGAACUUCAGCGAAUAUGCCAAGAAUAUCCCUUGACCUCACCGACAAUGUCAAUGCGCAGAACGAGAGUGAGACGGUGUUUCUCAAGAUCGAGGCCAAUUUCCGUGAGGGCCAGAUCAUACGCAGCAUGUUCCAGCCGGGCGAGGGCUGGCAGCAGGAGGAGAUCAGCAAGAACUGGAAGUGCGACGGUCCCAAGAAUCCCCUCCAGCCGGGCCAGACCUUCACCUUCCGUGUGGCCGUGCUGCAGCGCUGCUUCGAAAUCUAUGUGAAUGACCAGUUGUAUGGCUCCUUUGAGUUUGUCAAGUUCCCCAAGCAAAUCAAUUUUGUGCGGUUGUACGGGGACUUUGAGAAGAUCACCCAGUUCCAUCAUCGCAUGCUCUUUCCGCUUGUCUUUCCGCGCACCCUGAUGUGCCCGGAUCGGGUUGCCUUCCAGAGUGACGUGCCCCGGAGAUAUGAGACGGGCACUGUGGUGGCCAUGGAGUGCAUAGCCAAGGGUCCGCCCACCACGGAGUUUUCCAUUUGCUUCCAGUGCAACGACACUGGGCGCACAGUGCUUCGGUUCCAUGUGAACUUUGACAGGACCACGGUUUCACGUAGUUAUCAGCGGGAUGAUAACAGCUUUGCCCCCGAUGACGAGGAAACCGAGGGGGAAUUCCCCUUUGUGCGCGGCAAACUCUUCAAGAUCGCCUUUGGUCUGGGGGAUCGCGCCUUCCUGAUCGCCGUGAAUGGUCAGUACUUCACCUACUACAAUUUCCCGGGACGUCCCUUUUCCAUUUCGACGCUCAAGUGCUUCACCAACGAUGUGGGUGACUUUGCUGUGAGGAAUCUGGAAUACCACUCCGACUCGCCGCUACUGUCACGCGUGGAGAAGCUGUCCAUAAUCUAGAUAAGAUAUGGGACAAAUGGGUUCAUCUCGUAGCGUUUGCUCUUUGUUCAAUCGUUGUCUUUGAUCAGUACCAGUAUCCUUUAAGCACCAGUUAACUUUUCCUUGUGAGCAUCGAAAAUAAAGCUUAAAA